AUGCCCUCCAAAAUCACCGUGGCAGUCGCCCAAGCCCGCACUCACAAAACAACACAAGCCACUCUCUCCGCCCUCUCCCGCAUCGCCCACCACGCCCGCACCCGCGGCGUGCACCUCCUCCUCUUCCCCGAGGCCUAUCUGGGCGGAUACCCACGUACCUGCUCCUUCGGAUGUGCGGUGGGCUCGCGCGCCCCACACGGCCGCGACCAGUUCCUGGCCUAUUUCCGCUCGGCGAUUGAUCUCGGCGAUACCCCUGCGGGCGCCGGGGAUGAUUGGGUUCAACGACGGUUGCCUGUAGCCGAGGGGCGGAGCGAGCGCGGCGAUGGGACGAGGGAGGAGAUGGAGCGGGUGGCGAGAGAGACGGGCGUGUUUCUUGUUGUGGGGGUGAUUGAGCGCGCGGGGGGCAGUUUGUAUUGCGCUGUUGUCUAUGUGGAUCCGCUGCGUGGGUGUAUCGGGAAGAGGAGGAAGGUUAUGCCUACAGGAACAGAACGCCUCAUCUGGGCCCAAGGCUCCCCCUCCACCCUCAAAGCCGUCACCACUCACCUCAACGGUGUCCCCGUCACCCUCGCCGCAGCGAUCUGCUGGGAGAACUACAUGCCCCUCCUGAGACAGAGCCUGUACGCCCAAAACGUCAAUAUCUAUCUUGCCCCCACGGCUGACGCCCGAGACACCUGGCUGCCGCUUAUGCGGACGAUUGCCUGCGAGGGCCGCGCGUUUGUGCUCUCCGCGAACCAGUGCGUGCGGUAUAAUGAGUUGCCCGAGUGGGUGACCUGUCCCCCUGGCCCUGUGCCUGCAACGCAACAGUUGCAGACGCAGGCGCUGACACAGACGAGGCCAGCGCAUCGCAAGAAGCAUUCUAUCACGGCCGAGGGGCCGCAUGAGAUCGUUUGGCCCGAGGCCGAGAGGGAGAAGAAGGUGGAGACGGGGACGGAGGCGCCAGCGGCUGCUGAUGGUGUUCCUCAUGGCGAUGAUUUUGUCAGCCGCGGGGGGUCGUGCAUUGUCAGCUGCCUGGGUGAGGUCCUCGCUGGCCCCAUCUGGGAGGUCUCUGCGGAUGAUGCGCCCGACUCAACGGUGACGGCUCGCGCGGCUGGAGCUGAUACGGAUGGGAAUGCGGUCGGGGAUGGGCUGCUGGUCGCCGAGAUCGAUCUCGAGGACUGUGAGCGCGGACGCCUGGAUAUGGACGUCGCGGGGAGCUAUUCGCGCAACGAUGCGUUCAGGUUGACGGUUGAGGGCUUGGACCUGAGUCCUCCUCCGUUCUGA